UGUAUUACAUGAACGGAGAUGGAGCAGAGCAAGCGAAUAGGAGAUGAAGAGGCGGAGGCGCAGCGGCCUAAGCCUGAGGUCACCGAUGAGGAGGUGGACGAAUUCUUCUCCAUCCUCCGUCGGGUGCACGCCAUAUCCAAGACCUUCGCCGGAAAAGGCAGUGGCACCAUGGCCGGAGCAGAGGAGACGAGCACGAAGGCCGCGAAGAGGAAGAAACCGGCGAAGCAGAGGGCGGAUGUGGAGGGGAGGAAGGCGACGUCUAGGUGGCGGCCGACGUUCAUCUUGGAGGACUUUCGGGUCGCCGGCGACGCCGACGCCGCCGCUAGCUCGGAGACAGCGGAUCUGACUCUGGAUUUUGACUCGGAAGCCGUCUCCGACGACGUACGGUCGAUAGAGAGCGUCGUCGGUAGCGUUGACUUUGAAGAUAGCUCUCCGAUAGAUCGUAUUCAUAUCUGCCAUGACACGAUCAAUAUAAUUCCUUAAUAUACAGUACAAGUUGCAGAUGAUAUCGAGCUAUUCUCAAGAGUAAUCAAACAUUAAAAACAAAGUAAUUAUGCACUUUAAAUCGUGAAG